AUGGAUUUCAAGGGCCGGUCGCCAUACGAGCCUCCAGAGACAGGGACUGUUGAUCCCUCGCAACCAGUGAGGAGAGUCUCUCAUAUCCACUCUGAUAGUUACAUGCAGCAGUAUGAUGCACGAGGUCAUCCAGUCAACCCUGAAUCCAAAACACUGGGUCGGAAUUUACGCAGAGCCAAAAAUGAUAUCCUGUCGACUAUGGGAAUCGUCGUCAGUGGCGAAGACCGAAACACCAACACUUCUAAUGAGCAGCAAAAGAUCGAUCAAAUCGCCGCAGAAAAUGACUUUGGUUUAGUUAUUACUACCUUGGAUCAGCUGUUCGUGUUUUUUAGUACCUGGUGGUCAUCUUCCCUGACAGGGCGUAUUCUGGCAUUCAAGCAUUACACGCAUGCUCCGUUACUGGAUGUCAUUCGCUCCGAACGUGGAGCAACCGGCGUUUUCGGUUUCUACUGCGCCGGUAUUCCUGCCUGGGCGGCCUCUAGCACUUUGGCCAUCUCUCGCGACAACCCAUUAAAACGGGUUUUUGUCAUCAUUAGGGAUUCUGUGUUGGGCUUAACUGGGACUGGGAAUAUAACACUAAGCCUUCGUGCUUUAUUCGGGCUCACCUAUUCUGUAGCACGAAGCUCCGUUCUUAUCCUGUCUCUUGAGGCAUACAUGUAUUCUAUGCUUCAAACACUCUCACUGAUACCAUCUAACGCCAUCCCAAGUCUCGAACUCUUGAUACCAUUUGGCGAAGCAUCUUUAUUCCGACUGCCGCAUCUUCCCAAUGAUCUUUCUCUGCCAUCCAUUGGUGGCUUUCUUUUACAGUUCAUGACCUCUCCCGCCGUCUUGACAUUUGUUUAUGCCUUUUAUUUACGCCCAGAGCUCGAGGAAAGGAUAUAUCGACUCAUUCGGCGACAGUUGCCAAAGCCUACGCUAGCCGAUGAGCUUUCGAUCCGGGUUGCUAUUGAUGAGAAUCUCGUUGAAUGGGUAGUACCCACUCUCGGCCGAAGAUCAGAAGAAGAAGCUCGUCGUGCGAAGCUCACACUCAUGCAAGAUAUCAAAGAAGAACUAGUAGCUUUUCGAGGAUGGGUGUUCUCUUUCUUCGGGCUUUUCUCGAGUAGGGAGAAUGAAGUGGAAAAGAUAGAAAACCUCAAGAAGCGGCUUGAAUCGUUGGAGCAACGAGUCGAAGAAAACCAACGUCGUAUUAACGCCAAUGAUGCCCUCAUUGACACUAAUAAUGCCCGCAUAGAGGCUAAUGAUGCCCCGAUUGACGACUAUAUCGGUGAUGCUCUUGAAGAACCACCCGCAACCAUUCCUCGCACUGAAGCCAAUGAUGCUGCAUCUUCUUAUUUACCACCCAUUGCAGAAUCUGCCGGUUCUCCCGACACUGAACUAGAUCUCGGCAUGACUCAAGUACUCACAAAUGAGAAUCGCCUGUCUCAGUCCCCCGGGGAGAUGAGUAAUGACUUUUUUUCAGAGAUGGCUACUGUUGGGCGGACAAGUGCGCCUUCAAAUACCUCCCGCUCCCAGAGUCAACCGAGUAUUACGCAAAGAGGCGAAAGUCCACUAGGAAACCGCCAAAACUCGCGAUCUAAUACCUUGUUUUCCCGCCCAUCUUCUCCGGAAACCUCUCCUCCAACUUCACCUCGUGUUCGAGCCUCAUUAAUUCAUCAGAGCUCCGACAUCAUUACCAUGCAACUGGAGCUGUUGGGUAAUCGCACUCGCAAUCCCCAGCAUCAACCGCAGACCCCUGGACAGACAACACUCCGGCCCUUUGGACGAGGUCAUCCAGCCCUACGUCAAUCAUCGACGGCUGGAGACCGCAGAUCGAUAGCCGACUUUCUCGAGGCGCUGAUUCUUAGCCAGGCUCAACAGCAGGCCACACAAGGCCAAUCUUUAGAGAACCCUGAAGGUCUGCCCAGGCUGGAGUCAGAAGAAGGCGAGAAUUCAGGACUGGAUAUUCCUGCCGUUCCAAAUCAAUCUCAAACCUGGGCGCAAGAAGUGGUGAACAGCUACUCGGAGCCGCAUCCCGCCACACUUGAAGAACCCCCAGUUCCAGACAUGCCUAACAUGCCUAACAUUCUCCCUGACGGCGUUGAAGAACCAAAUGACGACGAUGCAACCAGUCUACCGCCACUCAUGGAGACAACUGAGGUUGAUGACCUUCUUCCUAACACUGAAGUACUACCCCCGUCCCAUACUCCGCAGGCUCCGCCACCGGCAAAUAAACCCUCUGUCGCUCAUAGAGUGACUCUUCUAUCAGCACAUCCGGUGGACUCUCUUGCAUCGCACCUUGCAGCAGUCAUCAGUACCAUCAUCCUCUCUCCCCUCGAAUCGCUUUAUGUUCGAUCAUUAGCUCAUUCUUUCCUUGCAUCGCACCCUUCUGCUGCGGCUCAGGUCUCAGAUCUUCACCCCAUGCACCUGUGGUUUGGCGGUCGAACUUGGUCUGAUGCAUUUGCUUACUGUGGAAGACUGGUGCUUAUGAGAGCUAUGCAAACUGCAUUGAGGGCUGGUGUUUGGGGCUUCCUAGUGGGUUCGACAAUGAGAAUUGGAAGGAAAUUCUGUGGUUGGGGAACUUUAUAG